GGGCGGUAAUGCACCUGAAGCCGUUUGCAAACCGUCAAAAUCCCGAGAAGAAUCUUCUUGGACAUGCGCACUACAAACCUACGUUGGCAUGAGCCUAACGUUGUAGAGUCGAUAAUCAAGAAGGAUUUACUUGGGGCACCUUUCCAGUGUUGACUGGGAAAACACGUGUGUGUCUGGGUGAUUGAUCUCAUCACCUUGCAAAGAUGGAUUUCCAGCAUCGAGCUGGAGGGAAGACGGGGAGCGGUGGGGUGGCAUCUGCCUCUGAGAGUAACCGUGAUAGACGAGAACGGUUACGUCAGCUGGCCCUGGAGACAAUUGACAUCAACAAAGACCCCUACUUUAUGAAAAAUCAUUUAGGGUCAUACGAGUGCAAACUUUGCUUGACACUUCAUAACAAUGAGGGCAGCUACUUGGCUCACACACAAGGAAAGAAACAUCAGACCAACUUAGCACGGAGAGCAGCCAAAGAGGCAAAAGAAGCUCCUGCUCAGCCAGCUCCAGCAAAAGUGAAAGUUGAGGUCAAGAAGUUUGUCAAAAUUGGCCGACCAGGAUACAAGGUAACCAAACAGAGGGACUCAGAGACUGGACAGCAGUCUUUACUUUUCCAGAUCGACUACCCAGAGAUCGCUGAAGGAAUUGGACCCCGGCAUCGUUUCAUGUCUGCUUACGAACAGCGCAUUGAGCCCCCUGAUCGUCGCUGGCAGUACCUGCUUUUGGCUGCUGAACCAUAUGAGACUAUUGCCUUUAAGGUCCCCAGUCGAGAAAUUGAUAAAGCAGAAAACCGUUUCUGGACCCACUGGAACAGGGAAACUAAACAGUUCUUCCUACAGUUCCACUUCAAAAUGGAGAAAGCUGUUCCCCAGUCUAGUGGACCCCCACCUCCUGCAGGUGUGAAGCGCCCCCCUCCUCUCAUGAGUGGAGUUGGACAUCGCCAACCAAAUGAUUCUAUGCCCCCUCCCCCGCCAGGAGGGAUGCCCCCUCUCCCACCUGGGGCUCCGGGAACCCCCCAUAUGCCUCCUCAGAUGCCCAUGCCUCCCAUGCCAAUGAGGCCCCCUCCUCCUGAGGGCCUUAUGUCUAAUUGAUCUAAUUGAUCCCUACCAGUGAAUCAUGAUUGCUUUCUUUCAUGGUGUUUUUAAUGAUGUUUAAAUCUACAUUUAGUAGAUUUUUAUACAUGUAUUUGUUUUAUGUAAAUGUGGAGGGCAGCUCAGCUGUAUGACCACACUGUUUUGUAUAAAUGCUUAGUUUCUGGAUUUGGAGCUAUGAUUGAAAAUGGCUAAACUUUAGCGUUCUGUUUUUGUAAUUAAAUUCUGUGGAGAAAAUCA